GAGGUGAUGACACAGCCACGGAGACAUAUCCACAUCCUCGCUGACUCCCAGGUUCGCCGCUCGCCGCUGCUGCUGCGUCCCACAGAGCAGAGAGAGAGCCAAAGAUAGCCUCCACUCUCCCCACAUCUCUCUACCUUCCUCUCUUUUUCACUUUGUUUGUGGAUGAUGGGAUUUUAAUCAUGUGGAAGACGGCUGAGCGGCUCUUCUGGAUUUCGCUGACGCUGCGCCUGGUCCCGCCUGGCCUCCUCUGAGCAGGAUGGACACACUGGAGUCAGAGCUGACUUGCCCAAUCUGCCUGGAGCUCUUUGAAGACCCACUGCUGCUCCCCUGCGCUCACAGCCUGUGCUUCGGCUGCGCCCAUCGCAUCCUCAUCUCUCACUGUGCCACCAACGAAUCUGUUCUGAGCAUCGGCGCCUUCCAGUGCCCCACCUGUAGAUAUGUCAUUUCCUUGAGUCCGGAGCGUGGACUAGAAGGAUUAAAGAGAAACGUAACCUUGCAGAACAUUAUUGAUAGAGUUCAGCGGGCCUCAUCCUCGGCUGGGAUCCCUCUUCCACUGGCGUUGCCUGCGCCCCACAGCGGGCCCAACUCUCCCGGAGAGGAAGGAAGCAACCGGUUGGCGUUGGUCCCGGUCAGUGCCGCCAUGUCCAGCCCGGGCACGCCUCCUGAGCCAAUCCAGUGCCAGUUCUGUGAGCAGGACCCGCCACAGGACGCCGUCAAAACGUGUGUUACGUGCGAGGUGUCAUACUGCGAGGAGUGCCUCAGAGCGACGCACCCAAACAAGAAGCCGUUCACUGGCCACCGGCUCAUCGAGCCCAUGCCAGACUCCCACCUCAGGGGGCUCCAGUGCCUGGAGCACGAGGAGGAGAAGGUGAACAUGUACUGUGUCACUGACGAUCAGCUGAUCUGCUCGCUGUGUAAACUGGUCGGAAGGCACCGAGACCACCAGGUGGCAGCGCUGAGCGACCGCUAUGAGAAACUCAAGCAAGCCCUGGACUCCAACCUGAGCAAUUUGAUCAAGAGGAACAAUGAGCUUGAGUCUUUGAUGGGGAAACUGAUCCAGACUUGUCAACAUGUAGAGGUGAACGCAUCCCGUCAGGAGGGCAAGCUCCUGGAGGAGUGUGAUGUCCUGAUCGAAAUUAUCCAGCAGAGGAGGCAGAUCAUCGGGAGCAAGAUCAAGGAGGGGAAGACACAAAGGAUUCGGAAGCUCGCCCAGCAGAUCUCCAACUGCAAGCAGUGCAUCGAGAGGUCCUCCGCCCUCAUCACGCAGGCCGAUCAGACGCUGAAGGAAACAGAUCACGCUCGCUUCCUGCAGACUGCCAAGUGCAUCAAUGAGAGGGUUUCAAUGGCAAGCGCAUCAACCCAAGUGUUGAUCCCUGAGAUCAACCUAACGGACACCUUCGACACGGUCGCCCUGGACUUCACCAGAGAGAAGAAGCUACUGGAAAAUCUGGAUUACCUUACAGCUCCCAAUGCUCCCUGCAUACGGGAAGAGUUGUGCACGGCGUCGUAUGACACCAUCUCUGUCCACUGGACGUCCGAUGAUGAGUUCACGGUGGUUUCCUAUGAGCUGCAGUACGCCAUCUUUACUGGACAGUCUAACAUUGCAAGUCUCUGCAACUCAUUGGAGAGCUGGAUGAUAGUUCCCAACAUCAAGCAGAACCACUACACGGUGCACGGUCUGCAGAGUGGCACCAAGUAUAUCUUUGUCGUCAAGGCCAUUAACCAAGCGGGGAGCAGGAGCAGUGAACCGGGGACUCUGAAGACCAACAGCCAGCCAUUCAAGCUGGACCCCAAAUCGGCCCACAAGAAGCUGAAGGUGUCCCACGACAACCUGACGGUGGAGCGGGACGAAACCACGUCCAAGAAGGGCCACAGCCAGGAGCGGUUCAGUAGCCAGAACAGCUACGGCGUGGUGGGGAACGUCUACAUUGACAGCGGCCGCCACUACUGGGAGGCUUUGAUCGGAGGGAGCACAUGGUACGCUGUGGGUAUCGCCUACAAAUCAGCUCCCAAGCACGAGUGGAUCGGCAAGAACUCUGCCUCCUGGGUGCUCUGCCGCUGCAACAACUCCUGGGUGGUUCGCCACAACAGCAAGGAGCUGGCCAUCGAGCCCUCACCCCACCUGCGGCGCGUCGGGGUCCUGUUGGACUACGACGCCGGCUCCGUGACCUUCUACGACGCCGUGGGCUCCCAGCACCUGCACACAUUCCACGUCUCCUUCGUGCAGCCCGUGUGCCCCGUGUUCAAUGUGUGGAAUAAAUGUCUGACGAUUCUCUCCGGCCUACCCAUCCCGGACCACCUCGAGGGGCUGGAGCUCGACAACUGAAAACUACGGACUGACGAGAAUAAAUACGAAUGAACUGGAUGCUAUUUUGUUAAAGCUGCAUUGGGUAGGACUUUGGAUAGAGAACAGAAGAGCGUUCCAAUGUUUUAAAAGUCAGAUCUGUUCUAUUACACCACAUUUUUGCAGCUAGAGUUAAUAAAUAAAACAUUUUAAAUCACUCUAUCCAAGUAAUUCAAAUACGUGUACACCUAGUUCAGCUUUAAUAUGUGAAACAGAGAGAAGAGAUGACUGGAGUGAUGUCUUAUCAAGCUUCUCAUGUGAUUUUCUGUCAUAUACUAUGAUUUCUUAUAGCAAAUAUAGCGCUGGUUUAUAUCUUCUUUGACUCCUAGUUAAAUCCUGUCAAGAUGGAUUGAUAGGGAGCUGGAGUCAAUCCAGGAGGACCAGUAAAACGACGAAGCUGAGCCAGAAAUACUUACUCUAAGGCACUUUGGGCCACGAUGGGUGCAUUUGUACCAUGGCAACUAGGAUACAAGCCACAAACUAGUCCUAAUUUCCUAACCACUUUAUUAGACAUAGCACUUUUAAAAACUCCAGAAAGAAAACACAUUAACACUGCAUACACACAAUUAAACAGUUCACACACACACACACACACACUACCCUAACUUUAAUCAAUCAUGGCUGCAGAAAGAGAAAGCCACAGAUGUAUAUUUUGUAAAUGUGUCGCAGAUCUCCCCUUAUCUUUUCCUUGUUUAUUAUAAAGGAACCAAAGUAGCCAUUAAUGUCAAGAUGUCUAUACAUAAGUUUUACAUAAGUUGAAAAACAUAUUUUUGAAAAAUGACAGAGAAGAAAGAGAAGUAUGCUAAUAUUAAAUGGAGGAUUCCCUUAAAUGUAGAUCUUGUUUUUGUACAUUGUUCAAACUUAAUUCAUUUUGGUGCAGACAACAUGCAUUAUAUUUGGACAGUGUUGUGUUCUGUUAGAUUUAUUGUUUUCAUUUUCUUUUGUUGGCUGCCGGACAAUCCCUGUGAUUAGGCUUUGCAAGUUAUUGUUUGGAGCCGAGGAAUUGCUGAGGUCUUUCUCACUUGUCUAUCAAACAAGCAUAUUCCUGUUUAAAAAGACAAGAGUGUGCUAACCUUUUACAAAUAAUGGUUUCCCAUUGUUAGAAAUAUUCCAUUUUACAUGUCAUGUUUACACCGAGGUCUUAUUAAAUCUACAUGCAAAUUAUUCUUCAAAAAAGUUGGAUUACACCUCACUUUAUUGAGACAGGCGGCUGUUCUCAGACCUGUCGCACAUCGAUGAUGUCAUUAGGGUCACUCUUCACUCAUUGGCUGGCCAUUUCAAAAAAGGCACCAAUUAUAUUCAGCUAUUGUUAAAGUUCAACACCCCUACAAAAAAAAGGGAUAUUGUUAAUAUGGUGUUAUGUGUAUAUAUAUAUAUAUAUAUAUAUAUAUAUAUAAUUAUGUUGAACA